AUGGCCGCCCCGUCGGAGCCCCCCACCGCCGCUACCCCUCCCGCACCACCGCCCCCCGCCCGCCGCUGCCUCCCCGCUCUCUCCGUGGAGCCUCUGCUCUUCCUCGCCACGCUGGCUCUCGGUUUGCAGGGCCCGCUGGCCACCCAGUACCUAUGGGAUCGGCUGGGGGCCGAACGCGGCUACGUGGGCCCCAAUGGCAGCAGCCCCGACGGCUGCGGGAACGGCAGCGGAGCCGUCGAGCCGCUGCGGGAGGAGGUGGAAGCGUCGGUCGCCCAUUGGAACCUCUACAUCAAUCUGGGGGGUUUCUUCGUCGGGCUGUUCUCGGUGACUCUCUUCGGGCCGUGGAGCGACAGCGCGGGCCGGCGGCCAGUGCUGGUACUGCCGGCGGUGGGCAUGGCGAUGCAGGCGGCCGUGUACCUCCUCGUCAUGUACCUGCGGCUGCACGUCGCCUACCUGCUCCUAGGGCGCGUGGUCAGCGGUCUCCUGGGGGAUUACAACCUGAUCCUGGCCGGCUGCUUCGCCUCCGUAGCCGAUAGCAGCGACCAACGCGCCCGCACCUUCCGCGUGGCCAUCCUCGAGGCUUGCCUUGGCGUGGCGGGCAUGGUGGCCAGCCUUGGUGGUGGCCAGUGGCGUAAAGCUGAGGGUUACAUCAACCCCUUCUGGCUGGUGCUCGCCUCCAGCCUCGCUGCUGCCCUCUAUGCUGCUCUGUGUCUGCAGGAAACGGUGAAGCAGCGGAGAGCGGCCAAGCUGUUGACCCUCCAACACUACAAGGCUGUCUACAAGCUGUACACGGCCCCGGAAAACCUGAGCUCCAGGAGGAAUCUUGCCCUCUACUCCUUGGCUUUCUUUCUUCUUGUCACUGUCCAUUUCGGAACCAAAGACCUCUAUGUUUUGUAUGAACUUGGCUCCCCGCUCUGCUGGGCCUCAGAUCUCAUUGGGUUCGGCUCAGCUGCCAGCUACCUGGCGUACCUGAGCAGCCUGGGGGGGCUGCGGCUGCUGCAGCUCUGCCUGGAGGACACCUGGGUGGCAGAGAUAGGACUCAUCUCCAAUAUUGCUGGGCUGGUGGUGAUUUCUCUUGCUACUACAACACCACUGAUGUUUACAGGUUAUGGGAUUAUGUUCCUGUCCAUGGCAGCUACUCCAGUUAUCAGAGCCAAGCUCUCCAAGCUGGUCAGUGAGACGGAGCAGGGUGCACUCUUUGCCUCUGUUGCCUGCGUGGAAGGGCUGUGCUCACUUGUGGCUACAGGGGUGUUCAACUCCCUCUACCCUUCCACCUUGCACUUCAUGAGGGGAUUCCCCUUUCUUUUUGGAGCCAUCGUUCUCCUUAUUCCAGCAGCUAUCAUGGGGUGGAUAGAAAUCCAGGACUCCAACCUUCAGUACAGCCACUUCUCAGAUGCUUCCUUGUCUCCUGCAGAUGGCUGAGUAGCAGCUUGGCAAUGAGGAAUUGGCCAUUCUGGCAGUGUCUGUCCAUGGACUGCUGUUUGUUCUUCACUUGCAGAGCAGAUCAGUGUCUGAGGGACACCUUGGUUGUCCUCACUGAUUUUUGAAUGCCCAAAAGUUGGAAGUCAUGGCUCUGAGAGCCAGGGAAAAGUUGACGUGCAGAUGUGAAUAUCUCCUUGCUCAUUACAGAGAACCCAAGGGACUACUCAAAAGCCAAUCAAGAGUAAAAGCAGUCAGUGGCCUUUUACAAGA